AUGUCUCCACUUCUGAGAAGCAUCUUGGACAUCACUGAAAUUUUCAAUCAAUAUGCCUCAAAUGAUUGUGAUGGGGCAGCACUAAGCAAGAAAGACCUAAAGGAACUCCUUGAGAGGGAAUUUGGAGAUGUCCUUCGGAGACCACAUGAUCCUGAGACAGUAGAUCUGCUCCUGGAACUUCUGGAUCGCGACCGUGAUGGGCUAAUCCGUUUCAAUGAAUACCUCCUGUUAAUUUUCAGAAUGGCUCAAGCUUGUUAUUUUGCUCUCCGCCAGGCCACCGGAUUCGAUGAGAAAGGAGAAACGUUUGAGGGAAAGGGAAACCCAUUAAAAGAUCACAGGCAAGAAGACGACCAAAGGAGAUUAGAGGCCCGGAACAGACCAUUGGCAGAAGAACGCAGGCAGAAGAGGCAGGAGCCGGAGAGGCAGCUCGCUGAGGAAGUGUUGCAGAGGGAGAGAGAGGAGAGACGCCAGCAGCGUGACACGCAGCGCCGCGAUGAAGAGCAGAGGCUGCGAAGGCGAGAACUGCAGGAAUUGGAAGAAGAGCGCCUUGAAGAGAAAGACCAGCUGCAAAGGCGCAAGGUUCGGGAGCGUGAGGAGUUUCCUGAGAAUGAACAACGGCAAAGGCGGGAAAGGCAGGAGCAGCGGGAGCGACUGCGCCUUGAGGAGGAACAGCAACUAAGCCGACAGCAGCUAGAGCGCCAAGGACAAGACCAGGUGCAAAGGCGGGAAAGGCAGGAACUGAAGAGGGAACUCCUCGAGGAGGAGCAACAGCAAAGGCAAGAGAGGCAGGAGCUACGUGAAAGGGAGCGCCAGGAGGAAGCCGGGCAGCUGCAAAGACGCGAGCAGCUAGAGCGCCUGGAAGAAGAAGAAGAGCAGCUGCAAAGGCGGGAACGGCAGGAACAGAAGAGGGAACUCCUCGAGGAGGAGCAACAGCAAAGGCAAGAGAGGCAGGAGCUACGUGAAAGGGAGCGCCAGGAGGAAGCCGGGCAGCUGCAAAGACGCGAGCAGCUAGAGCGCCUGGAAGAAGAAGAAGAGCAGCUGCAAAGGCGGGAACGGCAGGAACAGAAGAGGGAACUCCUCGAGGAAGAACGACAGCAAAGGCGGGAGAGGCAGGAGCUGAAAAGGGAGCUACUCGAGGAGGAGCAGCAGCUGCAAAGGCGCGGACGCGACGAGCCCCGCGAGCCGCUAGAGAGGCGCGAGCUAGAGAGGCGCGAGCUAGAGCGCCGCCAGGAGCUGGAGGAGGAAAGGAGCCGGCGCCAGGAGCGCGAGCAGCUACUACGCCAGCAGCUGGAGGACGACGCGCAACGACAGGCCAGGCCAGCGCAGCUCCGGGAGGACCGCGAGCAGCAAAGACGCGAGGAGGAACAGGCUCGCCGGCAGCAGGAGGAGGAGGAGCAGCGCCGCGACUUCAAACGGCUGCUGGAGGAAGAGAAAGAGAGGCGCCGCCGGAAGCUGUUGCCCAGGCCCACUCUAAGCGAGGAGCAAGAGAGACAAGUGAGGGCAAAGGAACGUCAGGAGCGGGAAAUACGGUUCGGUGAGGAGGAGGGGCAGCGCCUUGGGCGACGCGAGGAGGAAAGAGAGCGGCAGCUCCUCGAGGAGGGGGAGGGGCAGCUCCAGCGUCGUGAGCUCACAGGACAGUUCCAGGAGGAGGGCAGCCUCCAAGAGGAUCAGGAAAGGAGGCGACGCCAAGAGGACCGGCGCGGCGACCAGAAAUGGAGAUGGCAACUCGAAGAAGAAAGCCAGAGACGCGGCCGCAUUCUGUAUUCCAAGCCAGCCAUGAGGGAGCAACUGGAGGAGGAAGAACAGCUCCAGCGUCAGGAGCGCAACAGACUACAGUACCGGGAGGAGGAGGAGCUGCGGCAGGAAGAGGAAAAGCUGCAGAGAGAACGGGAGAACAGAAGGCACCAGGAGCGGGAGAGACGGUAUCAGGACGAGGAGCAGCUGCGGCAUGAGGAGGAGGAGCAGUUGCUGAGAGAAAGAAGGGUCCAGGAGCGCGACAGGCAGUACAGGGAGGAAGAUGAGGUCCUGCGCCAGGACAGGAAGAGGCAAUUCCGGAAUGAAGAUCCUCGCCGCGAUCUGAAAUGGCAGUUGCAAGUAGAAAAAGAAAACGAAGUUCGCAAUGACAGGGUUUACUCCAAACGCAGAGCCAACGAAGAAACAACUCGGCAGUUGGAAGAUUCCCAGGUCCGGGAGAGAGAAUUCCAGCAGGAUCGGCGGCCACUUAAGGAUGAACUGGAAGAGGAGCGCUCUCUCCAGGAGCGAGAGCAAGAGCGGAGGCGUUGGCAACAGAGGGACAGGCAACUGCAAGCCGAAGAACCACUGGAGGGAGAGAAGCCACGGGAAGCGAGAAGACGAGACGGGGAAUUCCGAGAGGAAGAGCAGCUGCUAAGAGAAGAAAUAGAAGAGAAGAGAUACCCUGAAGAAAAUGUCCAGUGUUCCCGCGAUAGACGAUUCCAGGAGGAGGAGCAGCUGCGCCGUCAGGAACGCGACAGGCAAUUCCGGGAGGAAGAACCGCUGCGCCGGCAAAAGCGAGACAGAGAAUUCCGCGAGGAAGAGCAGCUGCGCCAGGAACGCGAGGCUCAACAGCUGCGCCGCCAAGAGCGCGACAGGCGAUUCCGCGAGGAAGUGCCGCUGCGCCGCCAGGAGCGCGAUAGAAAGUUCCUGGAAGGAGAACAGCUGCGCCGCCAGGAACUCUCCAGAGAAUUACGAGAGGAAGAGCAACUGCGCCAGGAACGCGAGGGAGAGCCGCGGCGCCGCCAGGAGCGCGAUAGAAAAUUCCGAGAGGAAGAACGUUUGCGCCAGGAACGUGAGGAUGAACAGCUGCGCCGCCAGGAGCGCUCCAGAGAAUUCCGAGAGGAAGAGCAGCUGCGCCAGGAACGCGAGGAAGAGCAGCUGCGCCGCCAGGAGCGCUCCAGAGAAUUCCGCGAGGACGAGCAGCUGCUCCAGGAACGCGAGGAGCAGCAACUGCGCCAGGAACGCGAGGCUCAACAGCUGCGCCGCCAAGAGCGCGACAGGCAAUUCCGCGAGGAAGAGCAGCUGCGCCAAGAGCGCAGCCUCCAGCAGGAGCGAGAGGAAGAAAAGCGGCGGCUCCGGGAGCAGGACGACAAGUUCCGCCAAGAAGAAGAACAGCUGCGGCGCGUGGAGCAAGAAGAGCAGAGGCGCCGGCAAGAGCGAGACAGGCAGUACCGGGCUGAGGAGCAGUUUGCCAGCGAUAAAAGGCGUCGCCAGGAACAGGAACUUCGGCAAGAAGUGCAGAAACGCAGUCUGGAGAGAGAGAGGAAAUUCCGGGAGGAAGACCAGAGUAAGCGUCAGUUCGUCAGUCCCCCGGUGCGCUCCAGCCCUCUCUAUGAGUACAUCCAAGAGCAGAGAUCUCAAUACCGCCCUUAA